GCGUGUUUAAAUUAAACAAUCAAACGACAUCAAAACCGCGUACCAGCCGGGCGUGAGUGAACUAAUCCGAAACAAAAUCGAAAUAUUAUUACAAAACUAACUUUACAACUUUUAUAGUGCAAAAGUGACAUCCAUAAAGUUAUAAAUUAUUAAUUUUUAACACCAAAGAGUUCAUCUACCGGUGCAAUGGGUGAGCUAAGUAACAAGCUUGGUCUAAAUGAACUGUCCGGAGGAGCAACAGGAAUAAGCAAAGCUCUACUUGCCGAGUUUAUAGGUAACCUGCUGCUGAAUCUCUUCGGUUGCGGUGCCUGCAUCAACAUAUCCCAGGGCUUGGAUGCCCCGGCUGACAUCGUACUUAUUGCGCUCGCUUUCGGUCUCUCUGUCUUCGCCAUUGUGUCUGCAAUAGGACAUGUGUCAGGGGGUCACGUGAACCCAGCGGUCACUGCAGGAAUGGCUGCAACUGGCAAAGUUAAGCCAGUAAGAGCAAUCCUCUACGUGAUCGCCCAGUGCGCAGGCGCAGCAGCUGGCUCCGGCCUCUUGAAAGCAUUCACCCCCGAUGCAGUUGCUGGAAAAUUGGGUGUCACAGGAUUGGGCACCAAUGUGACCGCACUGCAAGGCUUCGGCAUCGAAUUCUUCCUCGGAUUCGUGCUCGUUUUUGUUGUUUGUGGGGUAUGCGACCCGAACAAACCAGACAGCAAAGCUACUGCUCCUCUCGCUAUCGGUCUUACCGUCACGCUGGGUCAUUUACUAGCCGUGGACUACACAGGCUCCGCCAUGAACCCAGCGCGUUCCUUCGGAUCUGCCUUAGUAGCCAGCGAAUGGAGUGAUCAUUGGGUAUAUUGGGCGGGUCCAGUUGCGGGUGGAGUGGCUGCAGCCCUGCUGUACGUGCACGGUUUCUCAGCGCCACCACCUGACACCAACUCGCUGUCUCCACGCUACCGACCCGUGGCCGCUGACGAGAAAGAACUGAAACGAUUGGACGGCAAAGGCGAGGACAUGGCCUGAAGGCGAUUGCAGCGGGGCCUCCCGCGACCCUCCCCUCCCCUCUCCGUCCCAAGCGAUACCCGCCCCGCGCUACACACCACCCGCCUUAACAACUACCAACGAUACCUGUGAACAACAAUUAUUCAAAAAAACAUUUCUAUUCCUGUAUAAUCAAUAUAUCAAACCUUUCUAGUUGCUACGUCCUGAGCCAGGGGUGCCCCUUGGCUCCAGCCAGCCAGGGUGUUCAACAAAACAAUUUUUUACACGUAUAAAAUAAUAAAAACAAAACGUAACUUAAGUACAAACGAUAUUAUUAUAAUAACAUUACAUAAACAAAGAAUAAUAAUUAUACAAAGAUUGUAUUAAUAUAUUAGAAGUACUAUUAAGACCAAAGUAAGAAGAAAAAGAAGAAGACCAUAGUAAUCUGGUAGCUACUAAAAUCUUUUGUACCAAAAUCAAAUAUACAUACAGAGUGCUUAGUGUGAGAUUAUUUAACUAUGUUCUAGCCACGCCAUCUAGUUAACAUACUGGGAAACAGUAUUGCCACUAGAUGGCGCUCCUUCGAUUAUACAAAUUAUCGUUUACUUUGACGCGAUCUAAUAAUCUGUAACUGUAAUAUAAUAAUCUAUAUAUAUAUAAAAAUGUUAUGUUGGUUUGUAUACGCUCAAAAAGCUUUGCACCGAUCGAGCUGAUAUUUUAGCAUGAUAUAUAAUCCGCAUCAAGGAUUGUUU